AUGAUGGGCGCAACUACAGCAGAAAUUAGUAUUCCAAAUGGUAACAAAUACGAGCAACCUACAGGUUUGUUCAUCAAUGGUGAGUUUGUUGCUUCAAGUGAUGGUAAAACUGCAGAAGUUGAGAAUCCAGGCAAUGGAAACAUUGUAUGUUCUGUCCACUUAGCUUCUAUUGAGGAUAUUAAUACCGCCGUAGAAGCUGCUGAAGAUGCAUUUUUCAAAAGGUGGGCCACCAUCAGUGGUAAAGCCAAGGGAGAAUACUUGAGUAAGAUUGCCGAUCUAAUCGUUAAAUAUUCUGAUCAAUUGGCAGAUCUAGAGGCUAUUGAAUCAGGUAAGCCAAAGGACACCAAUGCAAUCUUUGAUGUUUUACAUUCGGCUGAUGUUUUCAGGUACUAUGCUGGCAAGGCUGUCACUGCACAAAGCGGCAAGACUAUCGAGUCCGAACUCUCCAAAUUUACAUACACAGUUUACGAGCCCUAUGGUGUUUGUGCCGCUAUCAUCGCAUGGAACUUCCCAAUGAGCACAUUUGCGUGGAAAGUUGCGGCAUGUUUAGCUGCUGGUAAUACAAUGGUUGUCAAAACUUCCGAGCUGACUCCGUUAUCUGCAUUGUUCAUGUGUAAGAUUUUCCAAGAAGCAGAUCUACCUGCUGGAGUUAUAAACGUCACAUGUGGUUUAGGUUCUGUUGCAGGUGUUCGAUUGAGUGAACAUGAAAAGGUUCAGAAAAUUUCGUUUACUGGCUCCACUGGCGUUGGUAAGUUGAUCCAAGAAUCCGCAGCAAAGUCUAACUUAAAGUAUUGUACGCUUGAAUGUGGUGGUAAGUCUCCGUUAGUGAUUUACGAGGAUGCAGAUCUUGAGCAAGCAGUGAAGUGGGCUGCCUUUGGUAUUUUUUUCAACAAAGGUGAAAUUUGCACAGCCUCUUCCAGAAUAUAUGUUCAAGAAUCAGUCUAUGACAAAUUUUUGACUAUGUACAAGGAUCAUGUGGAAGAAGCCUAUGUUCAAGGAGAACAGUUUGCCACUGGUGUUAACGUUGGGCCUACUGUCUGCAAAGCCCAACAAGAGAAAAUACUGGCCUACAUUGAAAGUGCCAAGCAAGAAGGUGGUAGAAUUAUCACUGGUGGUAAAAUACCAUCUUACACGAACAAAAAUGGUUACUAUCUCGAACCAACAAUUAUUGCAGAUUGUAACCAGGAUAUGAAGGUAGUCAGGGAAGAGAUUUUCGGACCAGUCGUUACUGUAUCCAAAUUCACUAGUGAUGAAGAAGCCAUCAAAUUAAGCAAUGAUUCCGAAUAUGGCUUGGCAGCAUAUUUAUUCACUAAGGACCUCGUUAGAUCUCAGAAUUAUAUCAGAAAAGUGCAAAGCGGACAGGUCUUUGUCAACUUCACCUUUGCGGCUGAUUUCAGGUUGCCAUUUGGCGGAUAUAAGAUGAGUGGUAACGGAAGAGAGCUUGGUGAUGAAGGACUGAGUGCUUUCCAGCAAGUCAAAGCAGUACACAUUAAUCUCACUGGGAAGUUGUAA